CAGGCGUGUGAGCGGACAGCGGCGCUCGGGGCAGCAUGAGGCCGGGAGAGGAGCGGCCCGUGGAGGGGGGCCUGUGCGACGGCCACUCCGAGGUGGAGCUGCUGGAACUGCUAAAGCUGCGCGCGGCCGAGCGCAUCGACGAGGCGGCCGAGCGGCUGGGGGCCCUGAGCCGCGCCAUCUGGAGCGAGCCGGAGCUGGCGUACGAGGAGCACCGGGCCCACGACGUGCUGAUCCGCUUCUUCGAGCGGGAGCCGCCGGCCGCCUCCUGGGCGGUGCAGCCGCACUACCAGCUGCCUACGGCCUUCCGCGCCGAGUGGGCGCCGCCGGGGCCCCGCGGGCCGGCCGCCGCGCCGCGCGCGCUGCACCUGGGCUUCCUCUGCGAGUACGACGCGCUGCCGGACAUCGGCCACGCGUGCGGCCACAACCUCAUCGCUGAGGUCGGCGCGGCGGCCGCGCUGGGCGUGCGGGGCGCCCUGGAGGGCCUGUCCGGGCCGCCUCCGCCCGUGAAGAUAAUUGUCCUGGGUACCCCUGCAGAAGAAGAUGGUGGUGGCAAAAUUGAUUUAAUUGAAGCAGGCGCUUUUAAAGACCUUGAUGUUGUCUUUAUGGCCCAUCCAUCCCAAGAGGAUGCUGCUUAUCUACUGGAUGUGGCCGAACAUGAUGUGACUGUGAAAUAUUAUGGGAAAGCAUCUCAUGCUGCUGCUUACCCCUGGGAAGGAGUCAAUGCCUUGGAUGCUGCUGUUCUUGCCUAUAACAAUCUGUCGGUGUUACGGCAUCAAAUGAAACCAACCUGGAGAGUUCAUGGUAUAAUAAAAAAUGGUGGUGUAAAACCCAAUAUCAUUCCCUCUUAUUCUGAAUUACUCUAUUACUUCCGUGCACCCUCAAUGAAAGAACUUCAGGUUUUGACCAAAAAGGCAGAAGAUUGCUUCAGAGCUGCGGCUUUGGCUACAGGGUGCACAGUAGAAAUAAAAAGUGGGGCACAUGAUUAUUACAAUGUCCUCCCUAAUAAAAGCCUGUGGAAAGCUUAUAUGGAGAAUGGGGAAAAGCUGGGGAUAGAGUUCAUUUCAGAAGAUGCAAUGCUGAAUGGCCCUUCAGGAUCUACUGACUUUGGAAAUGUUACCUUUGUGGUUCCUGGAAUUCAUCCAUAUUUUUACAUUGGAUCCAGUGCUUUGAAUCAUACUGAACAAUACACUGAAGCUGCAGGAUCGCAGGAUGCUCAGUUCUACACUUUGCGUGUGGCCAAAGCUCUGGCAAUGACUGCGCUGGACAUCAUUUUUAAACCAGAGUUACUAGAAAGAAUCAGGGAGGAGUUUAAACUGAAACUUCAAGAAGAACAGUUUUUAAAUGCAGUGGAUUGAAAAAUCUUAGUGCUUAUUAAUCAUUAAGAAGUGAUUUUUUAAAAUUAACCUUUUUAAUAGAAGAAAACAUGCUUUUCAAUUUCAUAGGAGUCAGAUUUUUUAAUACUUGAUUAUAAGUGAGGACAGGUCAGAAUGUGGAAAAACAUAUUAACUCAUAUCUGAAAUGAAAAAGUUUACAGAUCUAUACUUGAUGGAAUUGUAUUAUUUUGGGAAUUGGUAUAUGAUACUAUUUCUUAAACUAGAUGAUAUAUGAAUUACCAGUAAUGAUAUUUUAUAAAUCUAUAUGCUGUGUGAGUAAAAUCCAAUAAGUUAGGCAUCUGAAAUUAACACUUGUGAAGUAUAGAUUUUGUGAUACAGUGUGGUAAAUGUCUUCUCAGUUUCAAAAUUUAAAUCCUAAGUUUAAGGGAAGUUUGUUUCUAAUAUCUGAUUACAUAUUUUGGCUUAGAAGUUUAUUUAUAAUGAGUAUAGUGUAAGACCAGACUGUGAUUCUCCUGUGUAAUUCUGCCUUUUUAGUUUUUAUAUACCAGUGAGUUAAUUGAACUUUAUCACAAUAGUGUAAGUAAGUGCAUAAAUAAGGAGUCAGUUACUAUGUCUGAAGGAACCAACUCAAGCCGGUCUUUAUUGUAGCUCACCCUCAUACUUCAGAAGUUUUCCUGAAUGGCUGUACUAAAUUUAUUAUAGUGACUUAGCUUAGAUUAUCAUUCUUGGUUAGUGUUUGAAUUGUGAGCUGAAGGAUUUGGGAAUAGAAAGAGAAAGGAAGGAAGUGCCUGAUUAUGUUAACAUUGUAACCUUUUAGAUAAGGAUUCUAUUUAUGCAUAUAUAUUAUAUGUUUAUAUUUAAAUAUAUAUUGCUUGUUUGUUUAGAUGGUGCCUUGCUAUGUUGCCCAGACUAACCUUAAAUUCUCCAUCCUCUUGCCUCAGCUUCCCCCAUAGACUGGAUUACAAACUCGUACCAUUGUUCUCAGAUGUAGCUCUUCAUUCUUAAAAGAUGGAUGCUUGUUUUUAGAAAGUUGACAGACCAGGAAGACUUCUAAUUUUAGGAUUUUAUGUAUUAUUUUUGAAGGAUACAACUUAAGUUUUUCUUUUCUUUUCUUUUUUUUUUG